AUGGCUACUACCAAACUACUCAUGAAGCUCGUCUACAUCCUCCUCAUCAUCUUCACCUUCACCGUAUCUCCAGCCAUUUCAACGGCCCAUGAAAGUUGCGACAGCGGCUCGGAGAAUUCAUGCAUCGACAAAGCUAAGGCUUUACCACUCAAGAUCAUAGCCAUUAUAGCCAUCUUUACGACAAGUUUGAUAGGCGUAAUGGCACCUCUUUUCAGCCGUUACAUUCCGUUCUUCCGUCCUGACGGCAACGGUUUUAUGAUCGUUAAGUGUUUCUCUUCUGGAAUCAUACUCGGAACCGGUUUCAUGCACGUGUUGCCUCAUGCUUUCGAGAUGUUGUCAUCGGAAUGUCUUAGUGAUGAUCCGUGGCAUAAGUUUCCUUUCGCGGGAUUUGUCGCUAUGUUGUCGGGUCUAGUCACUCUAGCUAUUGACUCCGUUACCACCAGCCUUUAUACCGUUAAAAACGUAGUUAGACCAGUGGUUGACGAGUAUGGUGGCAUUGAUCAGGAGAAGGCCAUUCACGGUGUAGGUUACAAUCAUAGUCACGGUCAUGGUGUUUUGCUAUCACCUAGUAAAGAUGAUGGACCUUCUGAUCCACAGCUUUUACGGUACCGUAUCAUUGCCAUGGUAUUGGAGCUUGGGAUCUUAUUUCAUUCCGUGGUCAUUGGACUAUCUCUAGGAGCAUCUAAUGAUGCAUGUACCAUUAAAGGACUCAUCAUUGCUCUUUGCUUUCAUCACUUGUUCGAAGGCGUGGGUCUUGGAGGAUGUAUCCUCCAGGCAGACUUUACCAACGUGAAGAAGUUUUUGAUGGCGUUCUUGUUUGCUGGGACAACACCUUGUGGUAUCUUUCUUGGACUCGCAUUGUCGAGCAUUUAUAGAGAUAAUAGUCCAACCGCAUUGAUCACUAUUGGGCUGUUAAAUGCUUGUUCGGCCGGAAUGCUCAUUUACAUGGCACUCGUCGACCUUCUAGCUACUGAGUUUAUGGGAUCAAUGCUCCAAGGUAGCAUCAAACUUCAGAUCAAGUGCUUCGCGGCUGCAGUGCUCGGCUGCACCGUAAUGUCGGUCGUCGCCAAGUGGGGUUAA